GAAGUUAUACUCAAAGAAUUUUUUUAAUUUACGACUGGAUGUGUACAAAUCGUACGCAACUCAUGGCUCAAAAUUCAAAUCUGUUCAUGCAAAAACUGACAGUCCAAAUCUGAUGGGAUUGCGAUUUUUUAAUUUAUUUGUAGUCGGGGUUCCAAAAUCUCGAGUAAUGUUAAGUUAAUUUUCACAAUAUCGAUCGGCAGUCAUCUUUGCGGAAAAUUAAAAAUAUAUUUACUUCAAUUCCGUACUUUACGAAACUUUACAUAGUGACGCGAAUUGUGCCGGCCGGCGUGUUAUGAAAACAUUGUUCACAGUCCAGUCGCAGAACUCCACUCAGUAGAAAAGCCUGGCCAUGGGCCAAAGAGGCAACAAUUCUUUCAAUAAGGAUUUUCUUUCUCAGGGACUCAGGACAAAAUCGGCUAAUUACAAUCGCACAAAGCCAAAGUCAAGGAGCAGUAAAAGCUCGAUGAGUGACAUUAUGGAUACAGCAAGAAGUACUCCAUCCCCAUGCAUCCUAUCACCACAAUCCUACAUCCAAACCUCGCCCCUCGAAUCUCCUCACUCACCAGAUUCUUUCUCUUCAAUUUAUCCCAGAGUAUUAGAAGUUAUCAAUGGAGACCAAUUUCAACGUUGCCGGUCUCGUCUUUACAGUCCAUUUAAUGAAUGUACCUGCACAAUCUCCGCUGAAUGCGAAUAUUGUGCUUCCAGAUUCUUGCAGUUGCAAGUAUUCAACAACCUACUGACACCAGAACGCAUGAGGUCUCUAUCUACAUCAACUGGAACGCAAAGUCCCCCUUUGCAAAGUCGCUCUCCAAGAUUGACAAGGGUCGUUUGUGAUUGUCAUCCUUGUGCUCAGUAUUAUUAUUGUCAAACUUGCUGUAAAACUAUUUGUGGCGGUUGCGAUAUGAGGAACCAUGGUGCUCACGAAUUAGAAAAUCUUGACGAAGCUAUUGAAAAGGUGGAGAUGCAGGCGAAUCUGGUCUACUCUGAAGCCUUGAACAACAUCAAAGCCCUUAACAAAGAAAUGGAUGAUUUAUCGGUUGCAGCAAAUACACUGGAACUGCGAGCAAAACAGGCGACAGAAGAUGUGCUAAAUCUCGUAAAGCUGUUGAGGAUGGGUUUCGACGGAAGGCAACACACGCUCCUGAAUGAAAUUGAAGAGAAGAAAAUUUGCCAAAUGACGAAACUCCAGACGAGAGACCAGGAACUCAGAAAUACCAUCAUGUUCUUGAGGAAUACUACAAACAGACUUUACAGCGCCAUGGAAGCAGCGAAAUCUUCAAUAAAUCCUUUCCCUUUGAUACUGAUGAAAGACAUGGCCAUCUCUGAUAUCUACAAAAUUCAGCAGUUCCGCAGGAACUUGUUACCCAUUGAAAACUGGAUGUCCUUCAACGUGAACAGUGAUGUGGAGCAGUUGACUGAAAAACUGGGUUCAAUCACUCUGGAUAAUCCAGGAUCAAUUGGAGAUCGAAGACCUGUGAAAGGUCGUGGUGAUUGUUCAGGUUCAGUCUCACCAACUGGAGACAAACCUCUAAUUCCCGUUCCUGGAGGAAAUGCCGUUUCAGGCAACAGUUCUCCAGUUAUUGUCUGGACGGAAUGGUACCGACCUCCUAAACACUACACGAGGAUUCUUGGCUUCACUGGUCAUCCAGCUGAUAGUCUCUGCAGACCCUGGGGUGUCGCUUGCGAUAAAUUUGGUCAUGUUAUCGUAUCAGAUAGGUCGAAUCAUAGAAUUCAGAUUUAUGGAGAGGACGGUUCUUUUGUGAGGAGGUUUGGAAAACAAGGCAGGUUGCAGGGCGAGUUUGACAGACCUGCAGGAGUCGCUGUUGAUGCGCAGCGUCGAAUCGUGGUGGCUGAUAAGGAUAAUCAUCGAAUUCAGAUCUUCACAAUGGAAGGAACUUUUCUUCACACUUUUGGUGGAAAAGGUUCCAACCAUGGUCAGUUCAUCUAUCCCUGGGACGUGGCUGUAAAUUCCGAGUGCCAAAUUGUCGUCUCCGACACGAGAAAUAAUAGAGUUCAGAUGUUCAGUCCACAGGGAAUUUUCCUCAAGUCUUUCGGGAGCCUAAGCGACCUGAAAACUCUGGAUCUACCCCGUGGAGUUUGCUUCAAUCCUGAAGGCAAUGUUCUUGUCUCCGAUUUCAACAACCAUCGGAUCAUCGAAAUCGAUUCCGAUUUCGUCUCCUCGAAAGUUGUCGUUCGCCAGAAUGACAAACUCAAGCCAAUCAGCAGACCUCAGGGUAUCGCGGCUGAUGACAAAGGUAACAUUAUCAUUGUUGAUUCGAGAAAUCAUCGGGUUCAGAUUCGCAACAAGGCGGGUUUAUUCAGGCGACACUUGGGAUCCUAUGGAACUUACUACAACCAAAUGGAUCGGCCUGCCGGAGUUGCUUUGACUGCAAGCGGCAGAAUUGUCGUUGUUGAUUUUGGCAAUAAUCGCGUCUUGAUAUUGUAAAUAUUAAACGAUAUCUUCCUAGAGAAAGUUUAUAAAUCGAUAACUCUAUGUUUCAAAAAAAACUCUCUUGGAGUGUACGUCGUAAACUUUAAAAUUGUGUCGUUCGUUUACAUUUUUAAAGAACCACUCGGUUUUUGCAGUUGAUGUCUCUUGUUUUUGUUACACUUUAUACGCGGAAAACAGGUAGUUUUAGCUGUUUUUAAUUAUUUUGAAUUCAUAUUGAAUUCCUUGCAAUUCUUUGUAUUAUUUUGUACUAUUUUUAAUUAUUUUUACUUCCAUGAAAUCUCUUGAAUUUUUCGGAAUUUGCUAAAUUCUCCGAACUUAUUGAAUUUCCUGGAUUCUCGGAACUUAUUGAAUUCCUGCAAUUUUCUGCAUUUCUCCAACUUCAUGAAUUCUUUGGAUUCCCUAAAUGCACUGUGUAGCGUGAAAUCUUUGAAUUCUCUAAGUUUUAUGAAUUCUUUACAUAUUCUGAAUUCUCUCAAUUCUUAAAAAUU